AAUAGCCUUCCGUAUUCCUCUAAGUGCUCGCGAUGCUAUGAUUGCUAUCGCCUCCUUUGUCGCCCUCUGCUGGCCAUACGCGCAACAGCAGCGGGACGUUUGACAGCCAGCUCCGAUGGCUCCAAUCGGAGCUCUGCGCCUUCGGCUGCCCGCAGAUGACCCAGCCGAACCGCCAGCCGCCCCGUCGCUCCCGUGAACGGCGCCUGUGUCCCGUGUCUUCGUGCGGUGACUCCUCCCUGCUUCUCACAUAUAAGUUGAUAUCACUGAGGUCACACAACACAUACCGUCCUUGAAAGUUAAUCACAAGUGAACUCAUUGGAUUCAUGGAGUCACUUGACGCUACUACAGGGGUGGAGAGCGCCGCCGAGGGUCAGGAAAAAAAGAUUGGGCAGAAAAAAAGCACAUCAGAAGCUGUCCUCAGACCUUCUGUCAAAUCGGAAAGCAAAGGGUGGUAUCAAGACUUAGAAGAAGUUCAGAGCGGAGGAACGUGUGGUUUUAGUGAAAUGUCUGACUCAGGGAAAUCUCCGAAAUUUGAAGAUCAGUUCUCACAAGCUCAGUCCAUAAGCCAUCCAGACUAUGAGGUGUCUUCAUAUCCGCUACAGCCCACAAAGCCCUUCUCUGUAGGGAGACAAAAAGCUUCAGCGCAGUCGCCAGGACCUGGGAGUCAAAGGAAGUCGCCCGCUUCAGCCGAAGUUCAGCAACAGUGUUCCCAUUCAGGGAUGGACCAGCUGUCAGAAGUGACGGCUAAGGUGGAGCAGAAACCACAAAAACCAGGAAAGUAUGUCUGCGACUACUGUGGCAGGGCAUGUGCCAAACCCAGCGUUCUUAAGAAACAUAUUCGCUCACACACCGGCGAACGGCCCUACCCGUGUGUUCCCUGCGGGUUCUCCUUCAAAACCAAGAGUAACCUGUACAAACACAGAAAGUCUCAUGCUCACUCAGUCAAAGCUGGAACGGUGCCAUUAUCAGAGCUUGGGCCUUACAAUGUUAAUGUGGAGCAGGGGUCUGUUGAAGGGGAAGGAGAAUUAUUCUCUGAUGCUGAGCAAAGCACGGAUACGGACGAGGACACUCUUAAUGACCCACUGCUGCUGCUGGACUCUCCAAUGGAGGGAUCAGAUAACACUGCUGUAAAAGUGCUAAAUCUCAUUGCUCAGAAAAAGGGAGCCACGUCAAUGUCAGGUCAGGAUGGUUCCUCCCAACCCCAAGAAAUCAAUGCCUCUCCUGUCACAGCCGAGGCCAGCCGUGCAAUCCAAUCUUCCACUAUCAAGCAGAGGCUCGCGCUUCGGCUGUCAGAAAAGAGAAGUGGCGACUCGGAGCAAAAUCUGUCCCUUCCGAGUCAAUCCAGCAAGGGCAGCACGGACUCAGGCUACUUCUCGCGCUCUGAGAGUUCGGAGCAUCAGACCGGUCCUCCAAACACUAACGCAAAGUCCUACCAAGAAAUCAUGUUUGGGAAGUGUUAUCGGCCAAGCCCUAAGCAGACAUCGUCUUAUGAGUCUGGGGAACCUUCUGAGAAAGGCUCUGAGAAAGGUGUGUCCCGUGUUUUCACUCAAGAAAACGAUGCGGUUGAGUCAAUCAAAAUAAACACCAAAUCGUUCCUAAAGGAGGAGCUAAAAGAGUUGCAGUUAGACGCCGGCUGUGACAUGGGGCCUCUGAUCCGAAGCAACUCAAUGCCAACAUCCUCAGCCGUGAGUCUGUCUAUGCCACAAGCCCUUCGAGGCAGCCACUCGUUUGAUGAAAGGUCAAGCACAGGGGGCAUGAGGAGACUAAAACGUCAAGGUGCUAUUGAGCUAUCAGGGCACGAUGGUCACACCGAAGCUGACAGUCAUGGAAAAAUUAGUGAGGCUUCUCCGUCUGGGUUGGACAUGGAAAGCUAUACCUCUUUGGGACUUGGUACAACUCAGCAGAAACAUGCAAUGGAACUGGCGACUCGAAAGCGCCGCAAAGAGAAGAGGGAGGAAGAGGACUUGCUGGGGCAAUAUGAGAGCCAUCAUAAGCAGUGUGAGGAAAUGUUUGAUUCAAGCAAAGACUACGAUAUAAAACAAGCUGCAAUGGGAAUAAUAGCUUUAGGUGGGGGACAUUUGGACAGGUGUGACAUGGACAUAUCAAUGAACCCUGACAUAUCAGGCCGAAAAAACCUGGGGAAUGUAAUUUCAGUUAUCCAACACACAAACUCAAUAAACAGGCCUCAAACUGACCUGUCAGAGUCAUUCAAAUAUUACAGUCAACGACUGGAAACUAUGUCGUCAUUACCAGCAAUGGAGGCCAUUGAAUCAUUUGAAAUGGAACACGACAAUAGAUUAAGCCAAUCAGUUCAGCUGGGGCCCAAACUUGUGCGACAGACAAAUAUACAAGUCCCAGAAAUAAGGGUCACAGUGGAACCUGACAGUCCAGAAAAAGCUUCGGAAGUGCCAGCGAAGGAGCCAGAGAAGCACGUGGAGGAGUUUCAAUGGCCUCAAAGAAGCGAAACUUUAGCACAAUUCCCUCCAGAAAAGCUCCCUCCGAAGAAGAAACGACUCCGCCUGGCUGAAAUCGAGCACUCCUCCGGUGAAUCGAGCUUCGAGUCUGCUUGCACUAGUCUGUCGCGCAGCCCGAGCCAGGACAGCAACUUAUCCUAUAGCUCCACAUUUUCCUUUGACAGAGAGGAGAGCUUAAAAUCAGCCUCUCCCGCCAGGCAAGAUGAAUUUGGCAAACCUCUGGAGCUUUUAGCUGUGCCAGGGUGUGGGCACUCCCUCUCUGUGCUCAGCCAGCGUCAGCAGCAUGAAAUGAGACGCUCCUCCUCAGAGCAGGCGCCAUGCAACUUGCACAAGGAGUUCCCGGAGGUUCGCAGCAUAUCAUUUGACUAUGGCAGCCUCUCUCCGACCUCCAAAGUUAGACACGUGGACAUCAGCGUCGUAAAGGAGAGAAGGAGGGGAAACUUGGUGCGACAGGAGUCGCUGAAUAUGGAUACUGAAGUUACACAAGUCCCUUCACAAGUGUUUCCAAAGUACAUCGGCAGCGCCUCCCCUCCAUUUGUGGCAGGUGCUGUCCUGCCACAGACUUUGCCAAUAUUUUCUGUUGGGAACACAUUUCCCCAGCUGCCCAAUCCCAGCCUAGUUGUUCCUGUUAGAAUUCAGACACAUGUGCCAUCCUUUGGCAGUAUCACAUACACGUCUUUAUCACAGAUCUCUGACAAUCAGUAUGACAGUAUGAGCUCCACAACGUCCACCCGCCAAAUGCACAGUCAAACUGCACACUUAUCUGGAAAUCUCGAUUCUCACAAUGUGUACUCAAAGCAGCCCACAGCUGACGCCCUCAGUGUUGAGGCCCUGGAUUUGUCAUCAGCGAAGCUGAAGACAGGCAUCCCUCUGUCUCUGACCUCCAGAACUAUAUCAACUACUAAUGCCUCGAGUGGGGGGGCAAACAAGCGGAUGCUUUCCCCUGCCAGCAGCUUGGACCUAUUCAUGGAGGUGAAGCAGCAAAAACGAGUCAAGGAGGAAAGGAUGUUUGGGCAAAUCGUGGAGGAGCUGAGUGCUGUGGAGUUGGGGAAAUGCCAUAUGAGUGAAGAGUCGGGGCGCAGGUCAAAGAUGCAGGUCACAUCGCCGCAUGUGGCGGGUGACGCCAGCAGGACUUCAUUUGUCGCACAUCAAACAGUGACUGAGCCCACUGAAUCUGAGAGCGCUAUGGAGAGUCACUCCCUGGAAGCAAGCUCUCCCACUUACGCUGUCAUAUCAGGCAGCAAAGCAAAGGAACGGAUGCAGGUGGAUGUCGUGGCACAUCUGGCUACCAGUCAAGACACCCUGAUCUCGGGCGCAGAGCAUCCAAGACUCUUAUCUCAGUUUCCGAGCCUCCGCACGGCAACAGGCGUGAGCUGGUGUUACCUCAACUACACAAAGCCGAGCUGCUCGCAGGGCGAUGCCCCCUUCGCCUCUGUGUACGCCACAUGGUGUGUGAGCUCCCACAAUCCAAACCCCCUGGAAGUGAGCACCAGCAUUGCUCUGGCUCUGCUGCGGUCCAGACAGAGAGGAGACAAGGUUAUAUACUCCGUAGCUGCAAUGUGCCAGCCUGGCACGGGGAAACUAGUUUCAUCCCUCAUCCUCUGGAGACAGACCAUGGAACAGCUGCAGAGGAAACCGGAGUCCAAAGAGGUGGACAUCACCUACGGGAAGAAGGUGAAAGACAUCAGCUGCAGAGCCAAAACAGCCAAGGAGGAGUGGAAAGAGAGGGAGGCCUCCGCAAACCAGGCAGCGCCAACACGAAUUAAGAUCUUCGAGGGAGGGUACAAGUCCAAUGAAGACUACGUGUACGUCAGAGGUCGAGGCCGGGGGAAAUACAUUUGUGAGGAGUGCGGUAUUCGCUGUAAGAAGCCAAGCAUGCUUAAGAAGCACAUCCGGACCCAUACGGAUGUGCGGCCCUACAUCUGCAGGGUUUGCAACUUUGCCUUCAAAACCAAAGGAAACCUGACUAAACAUAUGAAGUCAAAGGCGCACAUGAAGAAAUGUCUUGAACUGGGAGUUUCAGUGACAAUGGAUGACACAGACAUACAAGAACAUGCAGACAAUAUCCAACUGGAAUCCAAGACAGAUGUGGCAGCAACCACCAAGCAUCAGUUCUCAGACGCUGAGGACUCCGAAGGAAUGGACGAGGAGGCCGACGAAAUAGAUGAGGAAGAUGAAGAGGACGAUGAGUAUGAAGGGGACUCCACCCCAAAGCUGCUUUCAAGAAGUACGAGUCCUCAGACAUGCAGAGUGACCUCGGUGUCCGUCACCGUCAGCUCUGCCAUCCACGGUUGCUCACUAGCUGCUCUGCCCGGCACGGACGUUCAUCAGCAGUCCUCUGGCAAACGCUCGAGCACGGAUAAUCGUUUCGCCCUGCCAGCAGAACCCAGGGAGAAGUCUGUGGAUGAAGACUCUCUGAGCAUGCUGCCACUGGACCAGACCAGUCUCCUUUUUGACCCAUACUCUUCUUAUUUGCUGUCUCCUGGCUGGGAAUCUCCCAUCAGGGAACCUUCUCCCUCGCGGCUACGGUAUCCGUCCCCAAGGCGGGAGCUGUCCCCACGAGGGCGGUCUUCACCGAGGUGGGACUCCUCACCACUCAGGCCUGGGUCACCCAUCUUCAAAUCCAUCCAACACCCCUGCCCAGUCUCUUUGGAGCGACCAAUGUCCCCUGGGACAGCAGACAUACCUGGGAAGCGAGAAUCGUCCGUGAGGGGCAGGCAGAGGGUUGUGCUGAGGGCGGUGUCACCACGCAGAGGUUCACACCAACAUAAAGGCGGCUGUGAUAAAACCAGACACCAGGCGAAGAUGGAGAUGGCUCAGCAACAACAGGCUUUUGAAAUGGAUCAAAGGAGCGGCGGCUUGGCUCCCGCUCAGCCGCCCGGCGCUGCCAGCUCUCAUCAGCAGAACGUCCUCAGCCACCUCCCUCUCCACUCCCAGCAGCAGGCGCGCUCUUUGCUCCCCGUCGUUCCUGUCGGAGGGCUCCAGAUGUUGCAGUCCCCGGCUUCGCCCGGCGCCGACGUCGCCGGCCCCUCGCCGGCGUCCAGCCCUCGGAGCUGCAACAGCAGCACGGAGGGGUCCGUGAACGGGCCCGAGGCGGGAGGGGACAACUUCGACGGGCGCCAGGAGAAAAGUCCCGAGCUCCCCGCCAGGGAGAGCAGACAGGAAGAGAGCGUCCAGACCUGCCUGAAAGCCAUCGCCUCGCUGAAGAUUACUAUAGAAGAUCCUCAUUAAAACCUUCGAUUUAUUCCCGCCCCUGUUACACCUGCAACCAUCCUCAUCCCUUUAACCGCCUUGUCUUUAUCCUGUUAGAGGCAAUAUAAUGACGUUUCCCCUGGUCUCGCAUGAUCAAACUCCACAGAGAUUCUGUGUGGGAUGUUUUGCAAAAAGGGUGGGUGGGGAAGAAUCAUUAUUGGGUGCAGUUGCAAUACGGAAAGAUAUUAUGCUAAUAUGCCUUUUUUUUUGUCCGAGAUCGUAGUUUGCGCACAAUUGCACAACAAUUACAUUUAUGAGUCCUGUACAAAUGUCCUUAACAUAUACUAUUACUUAGAUGCAUACAAGCAGUGUAUUUUGCAGUGUGUACUUUGAACAUAGACUGUCGUUUCUGUUGAUCAUAUCAAGGUGUGAUGCAGUAGUGCUGUAACUAAAGACUAUUUAUGAGGGUGUGUGUACUAUGAAACAGUCUGACCAAACUUUAAAUAGACGCUUCUCGUGCAGUUCGGUGCUUCUGAGCAAGCAGCAAAGGGGGUAUGUGCCUUUUCUUUCUUUUCCCGCUUUUCUUUCCGUCGCUUUUCUUCGCUCCGGCAUUUGUGGCUGAGAAAAGGCGACGUCGACGGACUCUCUCCGAGAAGAAGCUGCACUUUCUGGCAAAGGCUUUGUGGGAGCUUAGUUUUUGUUUCGUUUCGUUUCGACAAAUGGAUUUGUGUGACACAAUCUUAAACAAAUGUCACUUGUGUUGCAUUUUUCUUAAUAUUGUGGUUUUUAUCUUGGUACAAAAAAAAAUGCAUGGGAUUUGCUAUUGCACAACCAUAGAGGAAUUAAUUAUGUAAUUAUCAAUACUGUAAGAUGUAUUUAUAUAUUAGAACGUAAGCACUUAUUGAUACUGGUAAGCAUUUGACUACUAUUUAUAUGGUAUAUCUGUAUUUAUGCAGCAGUUAUGCAGUGAGCCACUCCUGCGUUGCUUUUGAUCUCAUGACGUUGCUUUGACCGACCUUGUUUUCUCCGCUUAUGCAGACGAUCAUGAGUGUUUAACGAGUUUUAAAGAUGCACUUUCAUCCCUUUUUUUGUGUGUGUUUUUUGAUUGAUGAUGAAGCUGCUAUUGAGUCGGGUGGAGGGGUGGAGGGGAAAAGAGAGUAAAAAAUGUCCCGUUUCCUUGUGGCUGUUGAAACAUUCCUGUUUUUGUCCCCUCCCUCCCCCCUCAUCUCUCGCAGUGCGAAGCGUUUUGCACACAAAUCCAAGGGGCUACGGUGGUCGGGUCGAUGCCGAACUGUUUCACAUUUUCAUGUCACACCCGGAAACGUCCGCACCACCUGCUGCAGGUUAACACUAUAGUAACAAUAUAGACGCCCUGACUGAGGUCUGCAAGUAGCCACUCAUUCUGUAUGUGUACAUAUGUGUAUUUUUAUGAUUUAAACUAUUUUUGCAGUGUCGUAUUCCGAGAACUUUUUACGUGGAUCUCUGUCUCCUUCGGAGGUAAAACAUCUGCAGAGGUUUCAUGAGGGAGAUAAAAAGAAGAAGAAGAGAAAAAAAAGAAAUAGCACAGUGUUUUGUCUUUUUAAAGAAACGCGUUUAGGUCUUGAAGCGUGGCUAUGGGUUUGAGACUGGAUUCAAACGGCUGAAGCUACAAAAGGCAACCUUCGUUCAGUCAUGUUUACAUAGAAAAUUUAAAAGGUGCACUGCUUUAAAUUUGUGUUCUCCUCCGUGGAGACGGGUGGCGCUUUCUCUUGUGAUUUUUUUGUUUUGUUUUGUUUUGUUGUUGUUGUUUUUUUGUGUGUGUGUGUCCUUUUCUAUUUGUCGUGAUGGAGUCUGGAAAUCCUUUCUCACCUGAAGGGAAAGUGAAGUCUGCUUUUGGCGCACCGUAUGUGUUGGGAUCCUGUUGCUUUCUCGAGGUGUUCUCAUGUUCACUGAACUGCAUCGUGCCUCUCGUGUCAAUGGCAAUUCCCUGUAAAACAUAUAGAGGAUGAAUCAGAUGUUUUAUUAUUAUUUCUUUCUUUCUUUCUUUGAGGGGAGAACCUCAGUAGCCAAUCUGUUAUUUAGCUCUUCGCCUUGGAAAAUCUGGUUAGUCUGGACGGAGUGCCUCUUUUGUGCUCUGAGGAAUUUAUUGUUUGGUGCUCUACUUUUUCAGAUUAAAUUUAAAACUGUUUUAAAAGGACGUCCUUUUAA